AUGUCGACCUCCGAGCUUGCCUCUUCCUACGCCGCUCUCAUCCUCGCGGAUGACGGCAUUGAGAUCACCGCCGACAAGCUCCAGACUCUGAUCUCCGCCGCUAAGAUCGCCGAUGUCGAGCCCAUCUGGACGUCGCUGUUCGCCAAGGCGCUUGAGGGCAAGGACGUCAAGGAGCUUCUGCUGAACGUCGGCUCUGGUGGCCCUGCUGCCGCCGCGCCUGCUGGUGGUGCUGCCGCCGCUGCCGGUGGUGCUGCCGAGGAGGCCAAGGAGGAGGCCAAGGAGGAGGAGAAGGAGGAGUCCGACGAGGACAUGGGCUUCGGUCUUUUCGACUAA